GGAUAACAAAGGUGGUGAAGUGUCAUAGAGACCAAGAGGCUGCCUUUAAACCUCCCUGAAAAUUCGGUUGCUUAACCCACGUAAUGCGGAUCGAACAAUGGAUAACCCCAGAUUCAGGAUUUGAAACAACUCUCUUGUUCUGGAAUAUCUUCUUAUGACGACAAAGUAAUUGUCCACUUCUAAAAAUGUAUGUGGUCAAAGGACAGGUCUUUGAUCCGGGCGUAGUUCUUUGUCAUCGGUAUCUGUUGACAGAUGCUCUAGGGCGCUAUAAAACAAAUCAUAUUCUUCGUCAGCAAAGUUGCUGGACAUAAUCUGGUCAAUGAUAUACGUCCCUCUAUACCGUCCAUUACCUCAAAGUCAUCCCACGUUACCUCGACCUCGUCUCCUUUUACUUUACCCCUACGAACAUUCAGGCGAGAAUGAAACUCACCAAGGCCCUUAAUGACAACCCUAUCCAAGGAUCUCUAGCAGUCUGGACUUGUUCUACCCCUUGCUGUCAACACAAAGAACGUGAGAUACAAAAAAGCCGCCGAAGGCGAGACACUGACGAGCCAAAGGGAUGGCGCCUGUUCUUCCUCUCCUCUCAUUGGAAGAAGCCGUGCGAGAUCGUUCAGAGCAUCAAAACCAGCCGGUGCAUAGUCUGCCAGAUGCGCGACAGGAUGUUAGAGAACGAGGCCCGGAGAAAGGCCACCUUGGCAGCCAAGAGCUACGGCUGGACUGUCUUGGAGCAGAAGCAGCGUAAACAACGCCGAAAAAAUACCGACAACAACAACAACAACAACAACAGCAACAAUAAUCGUGGCAGAAGUGCCAAGUGCUCAAGCUCUUACGGGCUGUACGGGGAAGUACUACAAAUGCUGCCUAUUGAGAAGUUCAACAGAUAUGUGAAGGGCCGUCCAACCUCGAUGAUAGCUCACGAGUCGAAGCGGGAUAUUCACCGAAUCUCGCCGACGGCGCGACGCCGACCACCACUCCCGAAGCUUUCUCUUGUCAUUCCAGGUGGAGGAGGAAGAGUAGCACGCUGAAACGUACCAUUGGUAUAUCCCAUCUCGCCAAUGUCCACCGUCCACGAUCCGCGUUCUCCACCCCCAUAUGAGGAGUGUCUUUCUCCGCUUUCUGAGUCGGGUGAGGGGAUACCUCGGGCUGUAGAAGAAUACAGCUGCCUGAAGGUUAGAUCAGGCGUCUGAAGCGUCGUUUGAUCCACGUAGUCGUAGUCUAGAGCCGAGAACAAGCAAGCGGCUUCGUCGAAAAUCCACAAUAGGUUUAUAUCAUAGAUGUCCUGUAACGUCAAUGGAUGGCGAGUCCCGUUCUCUCCCCCUGCCGUGUGUGAGACGUUUAUUUUCCAUCCGUCAUCCAAUGGUCUCGAUCAAGGCAGGGAUGAUUUAGAGUUAGCCGGUCGCUAAAUGCUAGACCACGAUCUGCCGUUGACGAGAUCGAAGCCUUGCCGGCGUAUUAAUCGUGUACUAGUAGCGAGCGGUGGGGGUUGGAUCUAGGUAACCACAAUGUGUAUCUCGAGGCUUCCAGUUUUUCUCUGCUCUCAUUCGUCAAUACAUAUGCAUGCCCUUAAAUCUCUGCAAGCGGCUUCGUCAGUGGUGAACAUAUGUGCAUAUCACAGCAUACGUAUGCCUGUAAACUGGACGGCUGUAAGGUGUAUGUGUCCUGAUGUAGGUACGUAUGUACAUAGACCGGAUGACAGGGCCUUGGUGUCCUACACAUGUCGUGAAGCCCAACUCGAUGAUAGUCCAUAGGGCUGAAGGGUGCUGGGUGGGGUAUAGUAUCAUCAUGGUGGAGGAGAUCAUAACGGGGUGAAGCUUGCGCUCACAACCCCCCCUGCGCCAAUCAGCUUCAUGAUGUGGCUUAACCGCGGCGUGCAGCCUCCAGAUCAUCCCAGAGGUAGAAGCUCAGCCCGCCAGUUCGUCAAUUCUGCAGUUUCCAAGAUGGCUGGUCUGGGGAAGGAACUACACAUUGAACCACCCGAACCCCCGUAGCCAAUGUCUGAAUGUAGACAGAGAGCAUCUUGUCAAAGAAGGCCCACAGUAACGACAAUGACGGGAAAGAACUGGAAAGCCGUACGAUAAUGAUCGUCUGUGAGUCAAUGCCCGACCUGUCCUCUUCAUCUCUCUCAGGCUGGGGGGCAAAGGUUUCGAGACGCAGCGGCUCAGAUUGGGGGCCCAUUUCCUCCCCUGUCCGUUUAGCGUUCUCGAUAUGCAAAGUUCUACUGGGGCAGAUUUACAUGAGACGAUGUUGCGCAGACACACACAAUGAUUGGAUGGCACUAGGAAACUUGGGACCGUC